AUGGCAACAUUACCAGAGCCCAUACUCUACACUAUCAAGCCAACACAAUUGGUGCCCAACUCCCCAAAACCACUGCUUCUCUACAAGAAGGCCUUCAUGAAAGAUGGCAAAGUCGACCGCACUGCUGCUUUUGACACCUUCAAGGCGAACAACUGGGACGUGCAAUGGGUCGUGAGAUACGGUCAACACCAACGAGCUCACUAUCACUCUCAGACUCACGAGGUCAUGGUCGUUGUCUCAGGUCCUGGCCGAAUCCGGUGGGGCGUCGCAGACCUAAGCGAUAACUGGGAGGAACACACCUACGGCACAGCCUACGAAGAAGGUGGUCUUGAAGUUGAAGUAGAGGUUGGAGAUCUUUUUGUCAUUCCCGCGGGUGUCUCACACAAGUCAUACGACCCCAAUGCUACUGAAGCGUCUUUCGGUUGCUUGACUGGAGAUGCACGCGCGAUUGCGAGCGACAACGCGAGAAUUACUGUAGCAGAGGUGCCGAUAGAAGGAUUUUGCAUGAUGGGAGCAUAUCCGAAAGGGUUCUCUUGGACAUGGGAUGAGGGAGGUGAUAGUGCAAAUGACUUUGAGGCUGUCUGGCGUAUUCAAAAUGCUGCUGCUGAUCCAUAUACUGGUCAGAAUGGAGGAAUUAACAAGUAUUGGAAGAACCAACAAGACGGAUUCAAGAGCUUGAUUUAA